AUAAAAAUAACUAUAAUUUAUUAUUUUAGUUUUUAUUUCCUCCAUCAUGUUUCAUUAUGGAGCAGAAGAAGAAUUGGAGGGAUUUGUGUCUUCAGCUCAGGAUUCAAUUGAAUUCAAAUUUGUUGAAAAAGAGGCAGACAUCUUUAACGAUGAGCUGGUGUUUCGUCCUGAAUUCACCCACCAAGUUUUUGAAAAUGAGAAGAUAUUUGGAUAUAAGAAUUUAAAAAUAAAAUUAUAUUACACUCCUGAUCACCUAACAAGCUUUAUUGAUAUACAUUAUGAUGAUAAGGUUAACCCUCGUCUCCAUCAGGGGGCUAGACCAGAUAACAUAUUUAAACUAUUACUAAACUGGAUACCUGAAGGUUUUCUGACCAAUCAGGAUCAUUUCAUUUCUAAAUUAACGAGGCCACACCCUUUUACACCUUUUGGCGAAUUACUACAUGUUCAUGGAGAAACCAGCGACCACAGAUACGAGAUAUACAAAGUGGACAUUAGCUCGGUUGGUUUCAAGGAGUACCAUGAGAAGCUACAGACCUUUCUGAUCUGGUUUGUAGACGCAGCGUCUUACAUCGAUACUGAUGAUGAUAAAUGGACAUUUUAUUUAAUAUUCAAGAGAAGUUCAGCUGGUCAGUACGCCAUUGCUGGCUAUGCAACAGUUUAUGCUUAUUACGCUUACCCUGAUAAAAUAAGACCCAGGAUCAGUCAAAUGCUAAUAUUACCACCUUAUCAGCGGAAAGGACUUGGAGGGCAGCUCCUACAAGCAGUGUAUGAUGACCUGGUUUCUGAUACUAGAGUGCUGGAUAUUACUGUUGAGGAUCCAUCAGAUGAAUUCACUGCUCUGAGGGAUUAUAUUGAUUGUCGCAAUGCGUUGAAGUUAUCUUCAACAUCGUCACCUCUUCAUUCAAACGAAAUAGAAAAGAAUUGUCAAGAGAAACUGAAGCUUAGCAAAAGACAGUCCAGAAGAGUCUAUGAGAUACUGAGGUUGAGGGUCACUGAUCGUCGUCAGUCAAAGGAUUAUCGUGAUUUUAGACUAUUUGUGAAGAACAGGCUUAACGGGCCGUAUAAGAAGCAACAAAAAGAUCUUGAGAAACUGCACACUCGUGGUCUGGACCAGUCAGAACUGGUAGCAGCUGCUCCUUUAUUGUCAGGAGAAGAGAGAAUGAGGCUCCUUCAAGAUGAAUAUGAACUUCUUGAGACACAGUAUGCAGCUGUAAUAGAGAAACUAGCCACAGAUUGAGUUUCGUGCAAAAGGUUCUGAAGAAGUUUCAUAUCCUUUAACUUUUCUUGUUGCGUCAAUUUGAGAGUUUCCUUCAAAACUUCAUUUUCAUCUU